ACUAACUCGAUUUCAUCUUCAAUUUCCAAUACGCGACUUACGUGUAGAACUUAGUCAAAACCUCGGCAUCUGCAAAAUUGAAUACCGCAAUGGCGUCCGAGGUAGUCAACAAGCUGCAGAAUAUGGUAACAGGGGAGUCCAAGAGCGCCCGCAAGAAGAAGGGCAAGCAGGAAGGAGCGACUGCGGUGCCGGCCGCGCCCGAAAAGACGGCGUCUGAGGCCGGUGCGGGCGGCUCUGAGGUCGCAAGCAAGGCCAAUGGAGCAGACAGCGACAACUCGUACCUCCGGGAGAUCCAGAAGAACAUUCGCAAUAUCAACAAGAAACUGAGCGCAACGCAAAAGGUCGAUUCCAUAAUCGCAGCCAACCCCGGCGUCUCCCUCGAUGAGCUCCUCGCGUCUCGCAAGAUCAACGCCGACCAGAAGGCCCAGGCUGAGAGGAAACCCGGUCUCCAGGCUCAGCUCGCACAGUAUGAAGAGCAGUACGCCAACUAUAAGAAGUACGGCGAUGAGCUCGAAGCCAAGUUUGCAAAGGAGAAGGAGACUCUGUCAAAGGCACACUCUGGGGAAAUCGAGACACUGCGGGAAACCAUCAAGGCUGAGGCUAAGCUGGAGCAACAGAAGAUUGUCAAGGAGAAACUCCUGACACUGUCUCGCUUCUUGCGCGCUGCUGCUGCACGUCGCCAAUUGGAAGACGAUGACUCGGAUCUCACUAAGGCUUUCGAGGGUGCUCUUCUCCAGGUCUAUGGAGGAGAUGUCAGCGCUGUCAUGGCGGCAGAGAAGCUCAUUGACGGUGCGAGCGAGGGUGUGCCCUCGACCGAGGGUGUAGUACUAAGCGUUACUUCAGAUUCCCAGGUGAAGCAGGCUGCGCUCGAGGAGGCUCCAUUCGCUGCGGAAGAAGCUUGGGUGGACGAGGUCGCGCAACAUCAGACAGCCCCUCUUGAGACGGAAGCCGUGUCCGACCCCACUAUCGCCAACGCCGGACUGACCGAAAUCGAUGCCGGCGAAAAGCCCGUAACUGAAGCUGCGGCGGAGCCUUCAGAUGUACCAGCAGCCUCUAACGUUGGAACAGACACGGCGAAUGCUGCAGCGCAGGCUCAGUGGGAAAAGCAGCAGAGUGCAACUGACGACCCGUUGACUGAGUCUUUUGAGAUGGUCCCUCGAGACCUCGCCGAAACCGAGACACCACACGCUGCUGCUGCCGCCCCGACCAGCACCCAGAGCUGGGCUGAUGAGGCUCAUGAGCAAAGCUCGGCGCCUGCAGGCCCUGCCGCUGCUAACGAUGGCUUCUCCGAAGUUCACCACGGUCGUGGUGGUCGCGGACGGGGAGGCCAUCCCGGUGGUGAUCGCGGCGGUUACAGGGGCAGGGGCCGAGGCGGUCCCCGCGGUGAAUUCCGCGGCGGCCGUGGCCGUGGCCGCGGAGACUUCAGGGGAGGGCGUGGCGGCUUCCGUGGUGCCCCCCGAGGCGAGUCAUCGUAA